GAAAUUCCUAUUGCAUUGUUUUGCUCGCCGUUGUGUAGUGCCCAUUAGAAUUGCUACGCUUUAAAUGUGGUACCUUACGAACGUAAAAUCAGGUUAUGUUUAUUACCUGGUUCAUACCGGCAAGCACACAGUGGGCUUGGCAUGCGCGGAUCUAGUGAUAAAGGACGAUGACUCCAUCAGCCGGAUUCAUGCCGUACUGAAGCCACAUGAAGAUGGGCUGAAUGUGACCGACAGUGAUUCCCAGUACGGCACUUACGUGAAUGGAAACAUUGCCAAGUUAGUGCAUAUUCCGAAAGAAACGGCCACAGCUCUCUCCCCGGGCGACACGGUACAAUUUGGACGCGGCGGAAGCGUGUGGACCGUCGGCUGGACAAUCUUUCGGUGCCUGAUUUCAAACUUCGAAUUGACGAACGAGCUCGCGAAUCUAAUGAGAAGGACUGGCAUCCGACUGGUGUCCUCCUAUUCUUGCGCCGUGACCCACUUAAUCACACCGACGUUAACCGUCGUCACGACGAAGUUGUUGCAGUGUCUGAUCGGUCAAGUAGCGAUCGUCACCCCGGAAUACUUCAAGGCAGUUGAACAGUCUAUAGAGAACGGAAAACAGCUGCCGAAUGCGAUCGACUACAAGCCGGAGUGUACUGAAGCGUACAUUAGAAGCGCACCGAACCUGAUCGAACCGAAUCCUUCACGCCGCCGGAUGUUCGCGGGAAAACAAUUCAUUUUCUUCUGUAUCACGCUGUUCAACCAGUACGAUGAUAUAAUCAAGCUAGCGGGCGGCCUUUGUUGCUGUGCUGUACGUGAAAAAGUCCUCAAAUCGCGCUGUCUCAAACCGAACGUCAUUGCGAUCAAAAGCAAACCAACAAAUGAGCCGCAGUUGCAAAACUACAACUUGUUCGACAGCUACAUUACAAUGAACGGGCGACGGAUGGUGCCGGACAGUGAAAUAUGGUUAGCAAUACUGUACGCUUCGAUAGAUAAGCUCUGCAAUCCGGAUUACAGCUUUGCGACGAACGUGAAAGUGUGCAAGCCGUACGGGCCAGCCGUAUGCAAGGCGAAGCUUCUGGCAUACAGUGCCGAAGAAACAGCUGCAAACUCCCAAGUACAAUCGGUAUACGCGACGAUCCCUACCAUUUUCGAGAUGCAGCCUGCGACUGGGUACGACGAAUCCUUGUACUACACCGCACCGUCAGGUUCCGCGACAUCGGAACCGAUGUUUUUACGGCGCUCGUUACGUAUCACACGACCACUCAGGAAACGGUUAGCCGAUUCGGAGCAGGUUGCUGACGACGCACCUAGUGUGCGCACCGAUGAUGGCACAGCCAGUGUAUCGCCGGAAUCGAAACGACCCGUGAAGAACUGCACUGCCAGCGUAAGCGAUUCGAAAUCGACGGUUAUGGCGAGUAGUGAACAUGGUCCAGCGACUGCCGAAAGUGGGGUGACCGUUCCCGAAACACCACCAUCGAUCGUUGACAAUGCAGAUCAAGGAUCAAGUCAACGACUAUCGGAAAACAACCAACAAAUGGAUACACGGCCCAGAAAUGAGGAACCGCAGAAUGGUGACCGGUUCACUUUUAACGACCAAGUAUAACUUUUAACCAUUCACUCAGCUUGAAUCUGUCCCAGUUAAUUUGUCAACAUCGUCAAUA